AGUUUUUUUUUUUUUUUUUUUCUACCAAGUGAGCUGCGGAGAUUUGUUGUAUACGGACUAUGAAUCUUUCUUGUGAGAACUUCCACUAGCAGCUUCAGCUCGGCCGGAGCGCAGGAACACUUGGACAGACUUUUGCGUUUGUUGUGUUUAUUUUCUCGUGUUUCGUGGCCGCGUCUCCCUUUUUUUUUCCCCCCUUUCUUUUUUUUUUGGGAAAAAGUUGGGGCCGGACGACAACAUAGAUUCCAGUGUGGUGUAGAUAUGCGCUUUGUUAUAUUCACAAGUAUGCCAGCGAGAAACAACAGGGAAACGGUGUGUUUCACUGCAGGUAUCGACAGCUAACACACUUUGGAAAGAAAACUCCAGUCCUCGGCUGCUCAACUCUAGAAUGACUCGGGACAAGUUUUACUGACUGUCGUCGAGAUUUCCUGUUUUCCUGCUGUGUGAAGAAGAAGAGGGAACAAAAACAAAAGUUUGGGAUUGGCUCUAAACUUUUUUUGUGAGGGUUUUUUUUUUUUUUUCCUGACCGCGACUUUUUUUUUUCCCGGACACCUAAAGUUCGCAGACUUUUGGGGGACAAUGGAUCCGAGCCAGCAUAACCCUCCUGCCGGACACCAGAUCGUCCAUGUACGGGGCGACUCAGAGACCGACCUGGAGGCGCUUUUCAACGCCGUGAUGAACCCGAAAAACACUAUCGUCCCCCCUUCCGUGCCCAUGAGGAUGAGGAAGCUGCCAGACUCCUUCUUCAAACCUCCUGAACCAAAGUCCCAUUCCAGACAAGCCAGCACUGACGCUGGGAGCGGCGGCACGCUCACGCCCCACCACGUCCGUGCACACUCGUCUCCGGCCUCCCUGCAGCUGGGAGCCGUUUCUGGUGGCUCCAUGUCUGGCAUGCCCCCGACGAGCCCCAACCCUCAGCAUCUCCGUCAGUCUUCUUAUGAGAUUCCUGAUGACGUGCCUCUGCCCCCGGGGUGGGAGAUGGCCAAGACCGCCUCUGGCCAGAGAUACUUUCUCAACCACAUUGAUCAGACCACCACUUGGCAGGAUCCUCGCAAAGCCCUGCUCCAGAUGAACCAGGCUGCCCCGACCAGCUCUGUGCCAGUCCAGCAACAGAACCUUAUGAACCCGGCCAGUGGUCCUCUUCCUGAUGGCUGGGAACAAGCUAUUACAUCAGAGGGAGAAAUUUACUACAUCAACCACAAGAACAAGACCACAUCCUGGCUUGACCCACGACUUGACCCACGCUUUGCCCUGAACCAGCAGAGGAUCACCCAGAGUGCCCCGGUGAAGCAGGGAGGGCCGCUGCCUCCCAGCCACAGCGGAGUCAUGGGAGGCAACAAUCAGAUGAGACUGCAGCAGAUCGAGAAGGAACGGCUGAGACUGAAGCAACAGGAGCUGCUUCGACAGAGACCACAGGAACUCGCUCUGAGAAAUCAGCUGCCUACCAGUAUGGAUCAAGAUGGCAGCACGAACCCUGUGUCCUCCCCUAUGGCCCAAGAUGCCCGGACCAUGACAGCCAACAGCUCUGACCCAUUCCUCAACAGCGGGACCUACCACUCCAGGGAUGAGAGCACAGACAGCGGCUUGAGUAUGAGCAGCUACAGCGUCCCUCGCACUCCAGAUGACUUCCUCAACAGUGUGGAUGAGAUGGACACAGGGGACCCUCUUCCACCCUCCAUGGCAACACAGCCCAGUCGUUUCCCUGACUACCUGGACACCAUCCCCGGGACAGACGUGGACCUGGGCACCCUGGAGGGCGAGAGCAUGGCGGUGGAGGGCGAGGAGCUGAUGCCCAGCCUGCAGGAGGCCCUGAGCUCCGACAUCCUCAACGACAUGGAGUCCGUGCUGGCAGCUACCAGGAUCGACAAGGAGAGCUUCCUCACAUGGUUAUAGAAGACGCGAGCGGUGCGCUCCUUCCUCCUCUGCCUACACUCUGAACUGCUGCCUGCUCUAAUCUGUGAAGGAUUCAUAGAUGCUUUUACAAGACAUUUCAGCGAGCGUCUCUGGACUUCCGUCUUUGUCUUGGCGUGUAAGGCCAACCCUCUUUUGAGGCAGUAUUCUUUUCACUGGUGUGUUAUCUCUUUAUUUUGUCUGUGUCUUCAAGGCUGGCCCAUGAACAGACAAUUACGCAAGGGUCCCCAAAUCUUUCACCGGUCUGUCAGUGAAUCAAGGGCAUCUUUACCUAGAGCAGGGGUCACUCCUUCCCCUGCUCUCCCCUCAUAUCCGAGCUGGGCGGGCGCAUGUACUCUCCUGCCUCUUUUUAUCUUGCAAUAUAGUGUGAAGCGGCGCUGCUUAACUGUAUUUGGGACUGUUGCAUCUAGAUUGAGUAGCUUUAUAUUUGGCCUUGUGAGGUUUUUAUUCUUUUGUUGUUUGUUUUCAACAAGCCUGAGAAACCAAAAAUGAUGUAUUUGAAGCAUAAAGAACAAUACUGAUUUGGAGUAAAGGUAACGUGAGGCCCAGUUUGAACAUGUUGGCUUUGCU